AUAAGAGACGAGGCUUUGACGUCAGUCUGACUUCGUUGCAUUCAACAACGGGGAGCUUGAACUACAAUGUGAGUCAAGAGGAGAUAUAGUGCUGAAUAUUGGCGGUAACAUCAGGAAGGGCUGAGAAAAUGCUCGCCGUAGUUAUGAAACGUCACAUACCGUUUUUUGUUGCACUGUGCAUGCUUCACCUCACUACAGGAGCAGUGGUUCUUCGUCUUGUUCCUGGACCAAACAAAGGUGUUCUGCAGAUUCUACAUAACAAUACAUGGGGAACAUUAUGUACGAACUACUACUUUGACUAUAGAGAGGUCAAUGUUGUCUGCAGACACCUGGGAUUCAAUACCACCUUCAAUACUCAGAGAGAUUUUGGUUCACUACCUGGAAGUGUUAAAUAUUGGGCACAAUUCAAUUGCAAUGGAAAGGAAAACAGUUUCAACAACUGCCCAAAUUUUAAUUUGACCCGCUGUUCUUCCCCAAGCACCUUGGGAAUGGCAUGCCUAAGUGGCACCGAGAGUUUGAUAACCCUUGGCAACGAGAAGAUCAGGGACAUCGAGGAGGGAGGAUCGUUGUCUUGCUCAGUGUACACACGACAGUCUCCUUAUGCGUAUGUGUGGACCAAAAACGGAAACAUACAAUUUAACCAGGCUUCUAGGGCAAUCACUCUGAAGCGCACUGACUCUGGGAACUUGACCUGUAAAGUUUACUCACGUACUGGAACCAAACUUCUUGGAUCAGACUCAGUUAUCGUUACUGUUCUGUACCACCCUCACAGCCUCACCACGAGAACAAUGUACGCCCAACGAGGAGACACAGUGAACCUGAGCAGGUCUGACAUAAGCCUCCCUCCACCACACGUCUACAGAUGGCGCCAGACAGGGCUGGACUCCGAGUUCACUGAAUCCACCAAACCUCCUGUCAUACAAAAAAUACAGCUCAAUCACAAGGGGGACUAUAUCCUGGAUGUGACAAACAGAUUUCCCAGUGGAAGUUCAGACGCUGGCAUUGAUCUUAUCAAACUGUAUGUUUCAUAUGCUCCCUCCGUCAAAUGUGACAGGGAGGUAUCAGUUGUAGUGGGUCAGUCUCUCAAUUUAGAGUGUGACGUUGAUGCCUACCCAGACCCGCACACCCUGACAUGGUCGCACAUCACCGCCUACCAGAAAGAGGUGGCCAGCAUGACUGAGAAGUUCCGUGUUCCAGAAGCCUCCCAUGCUGAUGGCGGCCUCUACAAGUGCGAGGCCAGGAACAACAUCACUAACCGACGUGGUGACGUUGAGGUUGGCGUCGGGGCGUGCACCAUACGGGUCACCGUUCAUUACUCUAGUGAAGCUUCGACAUUGCUAGUUGUCGCUGCCAAGUCAAAUGAUAAGGGAGGCAACUCUAUGACGACUGUUGUAUAUGUUGUUGGGAGUAUUCUUGUGCUGAUUGCACUCUGCCUUGUCAUCGUUCUCGUGGUGCUGACACUCAAGCGUCUCCCGAUAAAAGGGAAUGGAACAGAAGAAGAGAAGAAGACAGAAACGUGCCCAGACCCUCCAGAAGAAGAGCAUGCCUACGAAGGACUGUCAAUUCGCUGAGACGGAAAGAAAUAACCCGGUCCACAUUGCAAGAUUCCGCACAAGCCUGCCUCAUCUGUUCUAAACGGUUUCAUUGCGUCGCCAUUCACGUUCAAAGAAUACAGGAUUCAAUGUCAAGCAACUCACGAUGUGUUUUCUUGUGAACAGAUUGUCUCACUAGGAAUACGAUUUUACUUGCAGCUGCUUUCUUUAACAUAAUUUUGAUUAACCCUUACCAGUUGGCUUUACAAGAAACAUCACCAACUUGCAUACUCUGUUGAUGUUUGCUUAUGGUCUUCUUGUAUAUAGUAUGAUGUAUAACAAUGUUAUGUGUACUUCGUGAAGCAUAAGUUUCUUUGUUUCUAACUCAUAUUGAAAAUGGGAGUCGUUUAGUAACAAUAUUUUUACCAUAGAUGUGUGACAUAUCAGAUAUAAUAAAUAAAUAA